AUGAAAUCAGUGUGUUAUUAUAAUGUUGCAAUAUUGUGCGUUGUAGCUUUUGUUCUUGUCUUUGGGGGAAGCCAGGUGUGUACGGCAGCAGUUACUUGCAGCCCACUGGAGCUAGCUCCAUGCGCCACAGCAAUCACAUCCUCAAGCCCUCCCUCUGCCAUAUGUUGCGGCAAACUGAAGGAGCAGAGGCCUUGCCUUUGCAAGUAUGUCAAGGACCCUAACCUCCAGAAGCUGGUCAACUCCCCAAACGCCAAGAAGGUGGCAAGCACUUGUGGCUCCCCAUUUCCCUCAUGCCCUAGCUAA